AAAUUUUAAUUAAAGAUUUGGUGCCUGAUAAUUGGGUUGAAUACUUACGAAAAUAUUUGAAGAACAAAAACAGCAUUACAACCCCGUCUGAAAAUAUAAUUGAAAUUAUAAAAAAUAGAUUAAAUAAUAAUUGUAAUGCAUAUAUUACUAAUAAUGGUGAGUUUCAAGGGCCUAAUCUAAUAUGGGAAUUAAAAUUAUGCCAUAAAUCAGUCAUUAUUACAGUAAUUGAAUUUGAUUAUAGCAAUAAUAAAUGGAAUUCAGAUAGUAAUAAAAAACAGCUAGAAAUUUUUUCAUCUUUUUGUCCGGACGAAACAAGAUUUAUACUACAUUGUGAAAUUCUUGAGAAUGGUGAUUUCGUUAUGAUUACUCAUAUUGGUGUAAUUAUCUGGACUUUUAAAUUAUCUAAAGCCAAGAAAACAAAAGUUAUUAAGAUGCAUUAUUAUUGGUGUGAUUAUAAUUAUCGUUUAGAGGAUUUCGAUUUUGAAAUCACAAAUUUAAGGAUCUCUUUAAAGACUGGACUCCAAGACAAAUUCUUCCUGCUUCAA